UUAUUUAUAUUGUCUUGGAAAAAAACGAGAAAUAUCAAAAUAUAAUAAAAUGCAAAACAAUUAAUUAUCACUAGACUGAUAGUCUCGUAUCAGACCGCGUCAUCAGACUGACAAAUAAAACUAAUUUAAAAAUUAAUUUAAAAACAAAUUUUGUCGAAGUCAAAUUAUGUAGCACGUAACGUAUAUUGAUGUUCGCCAGCAUGACUUGUACUUUUUUUUUUACUAAAAGAAAGUAGAUAACCUAUACAAGCAAGACAUGGUAAGGCAGAAUGACUAUGGAAGAACAAUAAAUAAUUGCAGACAAUUUGACAUGAUGAUUCAUGUCGAAGAAGGAAUUUUAAACACCAAGUAUUAUACAUAUGUGAGAAUUCUUCAAAGCAUUCCCUUCUUUUGCAGUCGUCACUCGAGUGUCAGUGCGUCAAGUUGAUAACGUUUGACAGUCAAGGUCUGCAGAGAACGAGGAAGAAUUUCUUCAAUUUUUGUCAGUCUAUAUUUACAUUAAUCACUGUGUAACAUGAAUUUUAUAAAUUAAUUCAAAUUAUAUGUACAAGAGUGAAGAAAAUUUCAACAAUUUGUAUUGUUUAACUAAACACACAUCGUGAGAAUAACUAGCACAAAUGGCAGAAGUAAAACAACACUUUACGGAGAUAAAACUCACUGUACCCUGGGGUCACGUUGCUGCCAGAACUUACGGCUCUUCCACAGGAAAACCAGUCUUAGUGGUGCACGGUCGUCUAGAUAACGCAGGCUCGUUUACUAGAUUAAUGCAGUAUUUGCCGAAAGAAUUAUUUUAUUACGUAUGCAUAGAUUUACCCGGCCAUGGAUGGUCAUCGCACUUUCCACCUUGGAUGGUAUUAGACAGUAUGGACUACGCACACGCAUUAUAUUUCAUUUUGGAAGCGCUACAGUGGAAAACGUGUAUUUAUAUAGGACAUAGUAUGGGAGCGCAAAUAGCUAUACUGUUCAGUAUUCUUCAACCAAACAGAAUCGAGAAGUUAAUUGCUAUCGACGGGAUUCUUGUAAAGCCUGAGUUUAUUAAAGAGUUCACAACGUAUUUGGAGAUCGCAUCUGCAUCCUCAGUAAAAGCUUAUCACAAGAAUGAAGAACCGUCGUCUUUUACUAAAGAAGAGAUAUUACACGCUCUUAAAAAUAUGAGGUUCGGAGCUUUAAAUUCCGAAGCUGCUGAUGCAAUGUUCGAUCGUGCAGUUACGAAAGUAAAUGGGAAGUACAUAUAUAACAGAGAUAUACGAUUAAAAAAUAAUCCUUUUACAUAUAUGAACACGAAAGAAUUUAAAAAGAUUAAUAACACAAUUUCAAUUCCAAUACACCUUAUUGCUCCAUCUCAAGGUGUUUUUUUUCCAUUUAUUAAAGACCCAGCAUUGGAAAUAUUGAAAGGGAAAACCCUAUUGGACGUAAUUAUUGUAAACGGAAAUCAUGACGUUCAUAAUAAUAAUCCUGAAAAUAUCGCGCCAUUUAUAUGUAAAAUAUUGAAUAACUAUUCCAGCAAGCUAUAGACAAGUUGCAUACUUUAUAUGCAUGCACGCGCAAAACUAAGUAAAUAUUUAUUUUUUGUACUACUUGUACGCACUUUGCAUUUCACAAUAUGUAUGUUAACGUUAAUGUAUGUUAAUUCUUAUUUCAACCUGAUAAAAGUAUUUUUUU